CUGCCUACUGCCACUACCGUAUCUCUACAACAUCAUAUAUCCAUGAAUGAGUAGCAGUAGCGUGUACUACCAUUAUCCCCUCUCUUUCUCUCUCUCAUUCUCUUUCUCGCUCUAGGACAGAGAGGGAAAACACCUGACCCGUGAAAGCAGUUUGCCCAAACAACAACAUUGUACCCAUUUCCCCUCCCCCCUUGUUUCGUCACUCAUGUUUGUUCCAAGAAACUGCUACAUUCCAUUGUUCUUUUUCCCCUGCAACAUUAAAUUAUUGUUUUAGAUUUUUUUUUUCUCUGCAGAACUUCCUGUUCAUGGUCAUGCACUCGUGCUUCUGCUCAUCUUCAUGUUAUCAUAAUCCGUUUUAUCCUUAAUCUCUGCACCGGGUUUUCUGGGUUGGUUUCUCUUUGCUAGUGUUUUGUUUUUGGCGCUCUCGGUACCACUCUUUUUCAUCAUUCUAUCGGUUACUACUCAGAUAUUUCUUUAUUUUGUAACCCCCAAAUCUCACAUUGUUCUUGAAUAUCCAUUGCCCCCAAAAAAAGUGUCUUUUUGGUCUCUGGUCCAUUUUCCUUGUUUCUGUUGAAGAAGGAAGAGAAGAAAAUUGGGUGGUCUUGCACAUUCUUGAUUUAUGUACCUUUGGGUGUUUCUAUUUGGGGGAAUUUGGGGAGGAGGAGAAGAAAUAUGAGAAGAGUGAGGGUUCUUGAAAGUGACCUAAAAAUGGGAUUUUUGAGCUUGUUGAGUGUUUUGGUAGUGGGGUUGGUGACAAGUGGUGAAGCUGUGCAAGAACAGACUAUACUGGUAGCCAUUGGAAAAGAGCUAGGGGUAUCAGGGUGGGGCUCAAACACCUCAGAUUUCUGUUCUUGGCAUGGGAUUGGAUGCAGCUCAAACCUAUCAAUGGUGGAAAGGCUUGAUCUUUCUGGCCUAAGGCUACAAGGUAAUGUGGGGUUAAUAUCUGAGCUCAAAGCACUGAAGUGGCUUGACCUUUCUGGGAAUAAUUUCCUGGGAUCAAUCCCACCUGUUCUUGGCAACUUAUCUGAGCUUGAGUUUCUUGAUUUGUCUUUUAAUAAGUUUGGGGGUUCUAUUCCUGGAGAACUGGGUAGGCUAAGAAACCUUAGAGCUUUGAAUGUGUCAAACAAUUUGGUCUCAGGAACCAUACCUGAUGAACUUGGGGGACUAGAGAGGCUGCAGGAUUUUCAGAUAUAUACCAAUAGGUUGAAUGGCUCUAUACCCAUGUGGGUGGGAAAUCUGACCAAUCUGAGAGUGUUUGCAGCCUAUGAGAAUGAGUUUAUUGGCUCCAUACCUGCAAAUUUAGGAUUGAAUUCCUGGCUUAGGUCUCUGAAUCUUCACUCAAACCUGCUUCAAGGGAUAAUCCCAGAGAGCCUUUUUGCAAUGGAGAAGCUUGAGGUUUUGGUUCUCACCCAGAAUCAGUUGAUUGGCUAUAUUCCCGAAUCGAUUGGUAGAUGUAAAGGCCUUUCGAGUAUUCGAAUUGGGAAUAACAGGCUUAUAGGAUCCAUUCCCAGAACAAUUGGUAAUAUCAGCAGCCUUACUUACUUUGAAGUGGAUAAUAACAAUCUCUCAGGGGAGAUUGCACCAGAAUUUGCACAGUGCAGUAAUCUCACUCUCCUCAAUUUGGCCUCGAAUGGAUUUACCGGGACUAUUCCUCCAGAGUUCGGGAACCUUACCAAUCUGCAGGAGUUGAUCGUUUCUGGCAAUAGCCUUUAUGGUGAAAUUCCAACAUCGGUGCUUGGGGCGAAGAAUCUGAAUAAGCUGGAUUUAAGCAACAACAGAUUCAAUGGCACCAUACCGCAAGAUAUCUGCAAGACUUCCAGAUUGCAAUAUCUACUGCUGGGUCAGAAUUCAAUAAGAGGCGAGAUACCUCACGAGAUUGGGAACUGCAUGAAGUUGCUCGAGUUGCAAAUGGGAAGAAAUUACCUUACUGGAAGCAUCCCGGCUGAGAUAGGUCAUAUGAAGAACUUGCAGAUUGCGUUGAAUCUGAGCUACAAUCAUCUCCAUGGGCAGUUGCCCCAAGAGUUGGGAAAACUUGACAAGUUGGUUUCUUUGGAUGUCUCUAACAAUCAGCUGUCGGGGAGCAUUCCACCAGACCUGAAGGGCAUGCUAAGUUUGAUCGAGGUUAAUUUCUCGAACAACCAAUUUACUGGCCAAAUACCUCUUUUUGUGCCAUUCCAGAAAAGCUUGAAUACAAGCUUUAGUGGAAACAAAGGGCUCUGUGGUGACCCUUUGAGCAAUGCCUGUGGAAACCUGGAUGAUUAUGGCCGUGGUUACCAUCACAAGGUUUCAUACCGAAUCAUUUUGGCUGUUAUUGGUUCUGGAUUGGCGGUUUUCAUAUCUGUGACUGUAGUCGUUUUGCUGUUUAUGUUGAGGGAGAAAGAAGAAAAGGCUGCCAAAUCCGAGGGAACCACCACCGAUGAAAUCUGCAAUCCAGUGAUAAUUGCUGGAAAUGUUUUUGUUGAAAAUCUCAGGCAAGCAAUAGAUUUUGAUGCAGUUGUUAAAGCAGCCUUGAAAGAUUCAAACAAGCUUAGCAUUGGCACAUUCAGCACUGUGUACAGAGCGGACAUGCCUUCUGGGUUGGUUUUGUCCGUUAAGAGGCUAAAAUCAAUGGACAAAACGAUUGUCCAACACCAAAGCAAGAUGAUCAGAGAGCUCGAAAAGCUAAGCAAGCUCUGUCACGACAAUCUGAUGAGGCCUAUCGGGUUUGCCAUCUAUGAAGACACUGUCCUUCUCCUACAUCAAUACUACCCCAAUGGGACGUUGGCACAGUUUCUUCAUGAAUCUGCAAAGAAACCCGAAUUCAAACCUGACUGGCCAACAAGACUCUCUAUUGCCAUUGGCGUGGCUGAAGGGUUGGCUUUCCUUCAUCACGUUGCCAUUAUUCACCUGGAUAUUUCUUCGGGAAAUGUACUUGUGGAUUCCAACUUCCGGCCCUUAGUUGGUGAAGUCGAAAUAUCUAGGCUUCUUGACCCAUCCAGAGGAACUGCAAGCAUCAGUGCUGUUGCUGGAUCAUUUGGUUAUAUUCCCCCAGAAUAUGCAUACACAAUGCAAGUGACAGCUCCAGGAAAUGUUUACAGCUUCGGGGUUGUCUUGCUCGAGAUCCUCACAGCCAGACUGCCUGUGGAUGAAGCGUUUGGCGAAGGAAUAGAUUUGGUGAAGUGGGUCCAUGGUGCACCUGCAAGAGGGGAAACACCUGAGCAGAUACUUGAUGCUAGACUGAGCACUGUUUCGUUUGCUUGGAGGAAAGAAAUGCUUGCAGCUUUGAAAGUUGCAUUGAUCUGCACAGACACCACACCGGCUAAACGGCCCAAGAUGAAGAAGGUUAUUGAAAUGCUUAGAGAAAUUACAGAGAAUUGAACCAGUCUUUUAUCAUCAUCAUCUCUGCUAUUCUUGAUCUCAAUCCUGGGGAUUUUUGAAUCUCCAUUGGUGGUCACAAAAUUUGCUCAGUCUCAGGUGAGAAGAAGCAAAUGCUGAUGAAAAUCUGUACAUGUCAGGGUUUAAGCUUUUCUCCUGUUAUUAUGAUAAUCUAUUUGCCGCCCUGUCUUGAAUUACUACUUGAUUAGCAAUGGAGAACAUGAUUUUCUUGAAUCUUGAAAAA